AAUCUAUAAUUAGAAUUUUUAUAUAAAAAAUAUUUAUAUAACUAAUUAGUUUACAUAUUUAAUUUUUUCUCAAUAAAAUAAUAUGAUUUAUUUGAAAAAGUAUAUAUAUUAGAUUAAAAAAAGUAAACUUUUUAGGUAUUAAAUACGUACUUUUUUUUUACUAUUAUUAACGUAUUCUUCUUCUCAUACGUUAAGGUCUGGAUGGAGUUAUAUAUCUAUGUAUUUUUAAUAAGAUACAGGUAUAAAUGAUAAAUAAUUAGGUGCAUUAAAUAUGUGCUUUUUAUUAAGUUUAGCGAUUUCAUUUAAAUUUAUGGGGCAAAAAGGUUUUUAUAUAAAACAAAAUAUUAUAAUUUUGUAUUAAAAAUCAUAUUUUUAAUUUAUAAGUUGAUAAAAGCAAUCCAAAAAAAACAUUAAUCAUAGGAUUAUCAUUUUCAACAUUAUGUGUUUUUAUGAUUAGCAUUUCAAGAAUUUUUGGUUCUAAAAAUAUAUACUUGUAUUGUUUUUUUCAAAUUCUAUAUGGUUUCUUUGACUCAAUAUGCCUACCUUCUUUUUUAAGUUUAUUUUGUAAUUGGUAUAGCAAAUUAAACAGAGGUAAAAUUAAAUAUAUAACAAUAAAAUAAAAAAAUAUAAGGUUUGAUAAUCUCGUUAUGGAUAGGCUCAAGAAAUUUAGGCGAUAUUAUAGGCUCUUUAAUGGGCGAAUUAUAUAUAAUAAAAUUAGGAAGUUCUUGGUAAACAACCUUAAUAUAUUUAUCAAUAUAUGUAUUUGUGACUUGUGUUUUAGCUCAGCUUUUUUUAUCUGCAUAUCCUGAAGAUGAAGACUUGACAUUAGGAAAGAAAGAUAAAAACGAUUUAAAAAAAGAAGAGAACAAAAAUGAAGAAAUAAUAGUAGAAGUUGAUUAAACUAUAUAGCAACCAAAACAAAAAAACACAAUAACUGUAUUAUAAGCGAUAUAACUUUCCGGUGUAUUUAAUGUAAUGCUUUCUUUUAUGUGUUUAAAAUCUUUAAAUUAUGGUUUAAUUUUUUGGUUACCAAAAUAUUUACAAGAUAAUAAUUUGGCAGAUAUUAGUGCUACAGUUUCCAUUUUAUGGUCUGUAGGAAUGCUUAUUGGAGGAAUAUUGGGGGGGUAUUUAGGAGAUUUACUUAAAAAAAGGGCAAUCAUAAUGCCCCCUUCAUAAAUAAUUCUACUUUUUUGUUUAUACAGUUUUAAUAAAUUAGGAAAAUAUAAAUCGAAUUCCGUUUAUUUUUAUUUUUUGGGGUUUUUAAUUGGUAUUUUUCUUGGAAGCUGUUAUAAUAUUAUUGGAGGUCCAGUCAUUAUUGAUCUUGGAAAUCAUCCAAAACUAAAAGGAAAUGCUUAAGCUGUAGGUACUAUGGUUGGCUUAGUUGAAGGAUCAGGCAGUUUAUCAGCUGCUUUAGCUUAGAUUAUUAUUCCAAAUAUUGGAGAAAAAAGUAUUUUUGUAUUCUUCAUGCUUAUUUGUACAGGAAGCCUUAUUUGUAUUAUACCUAUAGCUCUAAAGGAACAUUAUAAAUUUUUAAAAACCAAAAAAAA